CAGAAGUACACCAUCAGCAAGAGGUUCCAGCACCCGCAGCCGCUGAUGUACGCCCUGGUGUCUCGCGUGGACCUCUACCACGAGUUUGUUCCGUACUGCACGUCGUCGUUCAUCACCACCCGGGACCCUGCAACGGGUCAGCCUACGGUUGCUGGCCUGCGGGUCGGCUUCCAGGCGUUCGACGAGGAGUUCACCUGCGAGCUCGACUGCGUGCCGUCGCAGACUGUCGUUGCGAAGUCGAUCUCCCACUCCCUGUUCCACUUUCUUGAGACAGAGUGGCAAAUCGUGCCCACGGACGGCGUCAAUGGCGGCGCCGACCACUGCGUGGCGACGUUGAACCUCCGCUACGAGUUCAAGAGCACACUGUACAACCACGUUAGCUCUCUUUUUGCGAAACAGGUGGCGAAGCUCCUGACCCAGGCGUUUGAGCGGCGGGCGUACGAGGUGGCUCGG